AUGCCGCGAGCAGCGAACCGCCGCCCUGGGCCGCCCGCCGGACAGGUGGCCGCCGCGUCCCGUCCCCUGCUGCUGCUGCUGCUGCUCGCCUGUUGCGCGGGCACCUGCCUUGGUGCUCCAAUAUUAUCUCAAGAACUACGGCCUGAACAAGAACUACAGCUGUGGAAUGAGAUAGACGAUGCCUGUUCGUCUUUCCUGUCCCUUGAUUCUCAGCCUCAGGCAUCCAAUGCACUGGAGGAGCUUUGCAUCACAAUUAGGAGGACUCUACCAAAGCCCCAGGAAACAGAUGAAAAAGAUAAUACCAAAAGGUUCUUAUUUCAUUAUUCGAAGACACGGAAGUUGGGCAAUUCAAAUGUUGUGUCGUCUGUCGUGCAUCCGUUACUGCAGCUUGUUCCUCACCUGCAUGAGAGAAGAACGAAGAGAUUCAGACUGGACGAAGAAUUCCAAGGUCCUUUUGCAAGCCAAGUUCGGAGACAGUUUUUAUUCAGGCCACGCAAUGGAAGAAGGUCAGAAGGUUACAUUUAAAAUGGACCAACAAUUUUCCACAGAAGCAGCAAAAUGUUGACAUUUUGUUUUCUUCUCAAAAACAAUCCUUGCUAAACUUACUGUAUUUGACAAUCCCUGUGUUGUAAACAUUCUCAAUAAAAGU